CGCUGUUUACGCGGGAAAUAGUCGCGCGUUAUUAAACAUAAAAAAACUUUUUUUCGAUGAAAAAAACCACCGUUUCAAAAUAGAAUCGUGUUCGAAAUUCGAAGUUUAAUGUUCUUUUCGAGUUGUGUUUAAAAAGUUAUUAAGUGUUUGUGAAUUAAAAAAUAAAUUGUGAUGUUCACAGUGUUUUUCGGUAUCAUUACCGAUGAUCACAAACGCGGUGUAGUGGAAACCUACUAAAAUGAAACUCGUGUAAGAUAAAAUGGUAGAGGAGAUCGUGCACACGAUCCUCCCAACAAAUUCAACAAAGACGUUUGACGAUGAAGAAAUUAUUUCAAACUCCAACACAAUACAAGCUAACAAUAUUAAAAAUACACAAGAUGCUCUCCGAGAACAAUGUGAGAUUGUGGACAAUGUUGAAACACAGCAGAUUAAAAGAAGCAAGAAACCACCAAAAUUAGUCAAAAUUCCAAUAUUAUUUUCAUUCCUUGUUUUCUAUGUAUGUGUUAUAAAUGUGAUAAUUACGUGUGAUUUUAGUGUUAGUGAUGUAAAUAUAAAGACAUAUAAAGAUAGUCAAGUGACAUAUGACGCACAUUCGUUUUCUAGAGAAAAAAUAAAACGAGGGCAUAAACAUGAUUUGCAUAGCAAAAAUCUUAGAAAAGGACGCACACCUCAAAGAGAUGCAGAUACUCAGGAAAAAGACGAUAAAUACCCUGGCUCAGAAACUCAAGAUCUUAGUAAAUACUAUGAUGAUUAUUAUAAAACUAAAGAUGAAUCUAUUAAUGUCACUGAGUUUCCAUAUAAUUUUCACAAGCCAAAGUUUUUCUAUGACGAUUUACAUGCCGUCGGAUUUCCACACAAUUUGUCGUCAUAUCCAUAUCACGUCAAGAAAACUAAUUUCAAUUUGAGACCUGAGAGGCAUCAGUUUCAUAAAAAGAUUGUGAAAUUAGGUGUAUUACUACCAGCUGACCCUAGACAAGUAUUUUCAUUAGUGAAAGUAUUGCCUAUCUUAGAAAUGGCCGUACCGGCAGUAACUAGGCCUGAUGGGCCAUUACCUGGAUGGAAAAUUUUAGUAGAUUACAGAGACACGGGCUGUUCUUCAGUAGAAGGACCUUUAGCUGCUUUCGAAUUCUACAUAAGUGAAUCUGCUGAUGCAUUCAUUGGACCGGGGUGCGAGUACGUCAUAGCACCUGUAGCUAGAUAUGCCGGUCCAUGGGGUAUACCAGUACUUACAGCUGGAGCACAAGCAGAGGCCUUUAGCUAUAAACACCCUAGUUACAUGACCUUAACUAGAAUGAUGGGAAGCUACAUACAAGCUGGUGUUGCAAUCCGGAAAGUCUUUGAGGAAUUCAACUGGCGCAAGCUCGGCAUGCUGUACCACAAUAACGACCCUACCACUGGACAAGGCAACAGCCCUUGCUUCUUAACCCUUAGCGCUGUAUUCACAGUUCUAAAGACCAAAGGAUCAGGAGCCACCAUUCCCAAUAUUCCUUUCGACGAAACGAACACCACUACGACCAAACUGAAGCAGCUUCUUCAAAAAUUAUCCUUAAACACUAGAAUUGUCGUGGUCUGCGCGAAUCCGAGCACAGUCAGGGAGAUAAUGCUAGCUGCUGAUGAUCUCAACAUGGUUUCAUCCGGGGAGUACGUGUUUUUCAACAUAGAACUUUUCUCAAAUUUAGCAUCAGCGUCUUCGAAGGAGCCGUGGAAAGUUGAAGGUGAUACAGAUGAAAGGAACGAGAGAGCAAAACGUGCGUACAGCGCGGUCCUCACCGUCACCAGCCCGGCACCGGAGAAGAAAGAAUAUCAUGAAUUUUCUGAUCAGGUUAAGGAGUUGGCGGCUACGAAAUAUAAUUACACCUUCGGAAAGGGUGAAGUGGUAUCCACUUUUGUGGGAGCCUUCUAUGACGCUGUGCUCCUGUAUGCAUUAGCAUUGAACGAUACUCUAAGAGAAUUGGACAGUACCUCAGGACCACUAGAUGGAGCUGCAGUUAUAAAAAACAUGUGGAAUAGAACGUUUCAAGGCAUUACAGGCGAAGUCAUAAUUGACGGAAACGGAGAUCGAGUCGCCUCAUAUUCGCUUCUCGACAUGAAUCCUGAAACAAGUAAAUUUCAGGUGGUAGCGACGUAUGUAGCCGCAAAUUCAUCCCUUCAGUUCAUACCGGACAGGCCGAUACACUGGGCUGGAGGGCGACUCACCCCACCGCCUGAUACUCCAGAGUGUGGGUUUGACGGCUCCUUAUGUCCCGACAACUCUCUACCUGUGUACGCUAUACUGAGUAUUGUACUCAGUUCUGUAGUAGUGGUGCUGGCCAUUCUAUCAGUAUUCAUAUACAGGCAUUAUAAGCUGGAAGCGGAGAUAGCGAUGAUGACGUGGCGUGUCAGCUGGACCGAUGUACUUCAUCCCAGUGGCAGAUUCCGAGGCAGCAUGCAUUCAAUCGCGCGCAGAUUCAGUACUGGAACUGGCUACUCAGAUGAAGUUGCGUCCCUACCAGGCGACAGACAAGUCUUCGCUCCAUGUGGUUUCUACAAAGGUUGUCGAGUUACUAUCAAGAAAUUGGAUAAACAACGCAUAGAUCUUACUAGACCUUUGCUGUUAGAGUUGAAGAAAAUGAAGGAUUUGGAACACGAUCAUUUGGCCAGGUUCUACGGUGCUUGUGUCGAUCCGCCCCACUGUUGUCUGCUUACAGAAUAUUGUCCCAAAGGAUCUCUUCAAGAUAUACUUGAAAAUGAAAACAUAAAAUUGGAUUGGAUGUUCAAAGUCAGUUUGAUGCACGACAUCGUGAGGGGCAUGCAUUAUCUCCACGGAACGGAUAUCAGAUCUCAUGGGGCUUUGAAGUCGAGUAACUGCGUAGUGGACUCCCGUUUUGUAUUAAAAAUCACCGAUUUUGGACUCCACGCGUUGAGAAGCUGCGAGAAAGACUCUAGAGCGCAUAGCUAUUGGACUCGUUUAUUGUGGACAUCGCCGGAGUUACUCCGUUUGUCAGAACCACCACCUGAAGGAACACAGAAGGGUGAUAUAUAUUCGUUUGGGAUAAUCAUGCACGAGAUAGUCAAUAGACAGGGCGUAUUCUGGUUGGGACCAGGAAUUGAAAUGUCGCCUAAAGAAAUUAUAGAAACGGUGAUAGGCAGCGGUAUUAGGCCAAAUGUGACAAACCUUCGGUCAUGCGAAGCUGACGAUGCAGCAGAACUGAUGAGGAAAUGCUGGGCCGAGGAUCCUGCCGAGAGACCGGACUUUGGACAUCUCAAGAUAGCGAUACGGCGCCUCAAUAAAACUCAAGAAAGUAGUAAUAUAUUAGAUAAUUUACUAUCUCGUAUGGAACAAUAUGCAAAUAAUUUAGAAUUCUUAGUAGAUGAACGUACCCAAGAUUAUUUAGAGGAAAAGAAAAAAUGUGAAGAGUUAUUGUAUCAAUUAUUGCCAAAGUCUGUAGCAUCGCAACUAAUUAAUGGAUUAUCUGUGGUAGCCGAAACGUUUGAACAAGUUACCAUCUACUUCUCUGAUAUUGUUGGCUUUACUGCUCUCUCUGCAGCUUCUACGCCAAUGGAAGUUGUUGAUUUACUUAACGAUUUAUACACAUGCUUCGAUUCAAUUGUAGGGAACUAUGAUGUUUAUAAAGUAGAAACAAUAGGCGACGCGUAUAUGGUUGUAUCUGGUCUUCCUGAGAGGAAUGGCACACGGCAUGCAUGCGAAGUUGCGCGGAUGUCACUGGCUUUGUUAGAUGCUGUUAGAAGAUUCCGUAUCAGACACAGACCUCAUGAUCAGCUCAAGUUGAGGAUUGGAUUACAUUCUGGUCCAUGUGUUGCUGGCGUCGUUGGUCUGAAAAUGCCUCGAUAUUGCUUAUUUGGUGACACAGUCAACACAGCAUCACGGAUGGAGUCGAAUGGAGAAGCUCUAAAGAUUCAUGUAUCACCAGAUACUAAGAGUCUAUUGGAUAGCUACGAGUCAUUCCAAUUGGAGUGUCGGGGAGAAGUUGCUAUGAAGGGUAAAGGAGUUCUAGUCACGUAUUGGUUGUUAGGUGAAAAAGUAGACCCAAAUGCACCUAAAGAAAAACCCCCGUUGAUAAAACACCAAACACAGUCAUCAGAAAGCGGUUCUCUAUCUCACUUAACACCAUUCAGGCAGCGUUUAGAUCAUGGAUCCCGUUCGUCCAGUAGAAGAGGCUCUGGAAUAUUCUUACAAAAAUCAAAUGACAAUAGUAAACUAGAAAAAUUAGAAAAAGAAGCUACACCUCUAUUACAAAAGCUUAAAGUACAAAGACAACAUUCAGACCCCACAGAGCCUGUUGCUAAUGGAGUAAACGACAAUAGUGACGAAUUAGAAAAAAUAAGUGUAACAAAUUCCAUAUCACUAAAUGUGAAUUCGUUGAAUCACAAUUCUGUAAGUCAUGGACAACCAAAGGUUAAACUGAAGGAUUGUCAAAUGAAUUCAGUUGGCAAUCAUAAAUCGAAUAAGGUAGGUAAUAAUAAUUGGAUAGCAAAAAUACCAACAGCUAGUUCCUUUGAUAACGGUUCUAAAAAAGUUAAUGAGCAUUUGAAAGAUUACAGCAGUGUACCCUUGUUGUCUAAGUCUGAUACGCUGAAUGAUUCGAUAGUGUAAUUUUGUACUUAAUAUGUUCAGUAAUAUUACUGAAUGCAUAACUUAUUAUAGACUGCAUAUUUUUCUUUAAUAGUAUUAUGAUCAGAAAUAUAAUUUAACUUUACACAAAUAAUUAUAAUAGAUGUGGAUAGAAACAUAAAAAAUAGUUAAAAUAAGAUAAACAACAUUUUAUUAAAUUAAGUGGAAUUUUAUUAUAUUUCUGGUCAAGGUUUAACUUAUUAAUAUAUGUACUUAUUUAGCAAAGAAGAGAGAGUUUUUAAUAAUAAAUAUCAAUGUUUCGGUGUCAAUGCUAGAUUAUUAGGUGUUGCAAUUGUUAAUGAAAUUGUAUGCUCACUUAAAUAUCGUAUAAAAUAUGUGCUGAGGAAUUAAUAAGAUCGCAAUUUUGUUACAUAUUUAGAUAGAAGAGUCAUGGUUUAUCUGGAAUAUUGUAAAAUGAUUAUGAAUAGAAAUAACACCAUAAACAUAAAUAAUAUAAUCUGUACAUUAUAAAUUUAGAACAACAUUUUCACUAAGGUACAUUUUAUACGAUAUUAAUGUCAUUCCUAACAUUCCUAGGCUUCUGUAGUUAGAAAUCUAUCCUGCCACGAGUGUGAUAAUUUUGUAAGAAUUGAACAUCGAAAUUUUAUAAUCCAAAUCGUUGAGAAAUUAUAAAAAAAAAUUCAAUGUACUUAUUAAUUUAUUAAUGUGAUCAAACCUUAAAUCUUUAAUAAAUUUCAUUUUGUUUCUUUAAUAAAUUCAAUUUAAUUAAAACUGAAUAUUUAAGGAAAUAUUCUUGAUACAUUAAAACUAUUUUGCUUGUGUAAAGAUACAUCUAAAGCAGGUAAUCCGGUUGUUAAUAUUAGACAGCACUAAUCUAUUGAAAGUUAGCAGUGGGCUUCAAAGUUUAAUGUGAUUUACCAUUAAAUCUAAGUCCAUUAGGCUUAUGAAACUAUUAAGUGACAAAGGAAGCAUGUAAUAGGAAAGUAUAUAUACUGAAAAUAAUUUAAACAGUAAACUUUAUCGACAAUUAGAGACGUGCCCAAAAACUACCAAACCAUAAAGCUGUCCUUAUUUACUAUGAUUUGGUACUGUGAUACUGCAAUUAAUAGUUUCCAGUAACUUAAUUUCAUACGCACUUUUUUAUGUAACAAUGGUAUUUCCUUAAUAUUUUAUGUUUAUAUUUGUAUCUCGGUUAACAAAUGUUACAAGCUUCCAGAGCUCAUCAUCAUUUUCCUCCUUGCUCUGAACAUUGUUAUUAAUUAUAGGUCCCAUAUUAAAAUGUGUAAUGUCUUUCUCCAAGACAUCAUUAAUUUCAUUUUUUUCCAAGUUAUUUGCUUCAAUACGUGUAGUAUUUUAUUUUUCUCAAAAGUUUAAACUUCUUAUUAUUAAU